AGACUUCCACAUCCAAAAGAUACAUUAACUUCUCUUCAGCCCAGUUGGAAACAAUAAUAUACGUAAUAGAAAUGGACGUAUUCAGCUCGCUGCAGGCGCACAGCCGUCAAAUCCAUUGCAUUGAUAUGCACACCACCGGCGAGCCAACCCGAAUCAUCUACUCGGGAUUCCCCAACCUCGAAGGCUCACUUCUUUCUAAGCGUGACCAAGCCAAGAAUCUCUACGACGAUAUUCGCAAGCGUUUGAUGCUCGAACCCCGUGGUCACGAUGGGAUGUAUGGUGCCAUCAUUAUCUCCGAGACGGAGUUAGUAUUGGCUGGGGAAGCUGAUAUUGGGGUCCUGUUCACCCAUAAUGAGGGGUACUCCACUAUGUGCGGACAUGCCACCAUUGCGCUGGGCCGAUUCCUGGUUGACACCCACGAUUUGAAUGUCUUUCCGAAAAGGGAGACCUUGCAGUUUGAUGCAGACAGCCAAAGUGUUAAAAUUAACCUUCACACCCCGUGUGGGUUGAUAAGGGUUACCGUGCCUACUACCCCAGAAGGGAAGAAGUCCGAUCCUUCGCGGUUGGUGUCGUUUCUAUCCGUGCCUUCAUUCGCACCAGCUGUCCAGCUUAGAAUCCCCAUUUCACCGGAGAUUCGCUGGCCCGAGCUCGGGACAAAGGACUCUAUCGUGAUAGAUCUCAGUUACGGAGGCGCAUAUUACGCUCUCGUCGAUAUUGAAGAGCUCGGCUUCAAAGGCUUGAAGGACGUGGACCUAGAUGCCACUACGCGGUGUGUGCAGAAGUUGUUGCCCUAUCUCCGAACCAACCCGGAAAUUAUUUCCGCCAUCCAACACCCAGAGGACCCACGUCUCUCGUUUCUCUACUCUGUGAUGAUUGUGGACCCGAAAGCGGGCGUCAAGCCUGAAGGUGUUGAGGGCAUAGAGACCGGGCUUUGCUACUUUGCUGGGACCCAAAUCGACCGCUCGCCCACAGGAUCCUGUGUCGCAGCGCGUGUGGCCUUGGCGUACGAGAAGGGCUUAAGAAAACCUGGGCAGAAGUGGGCGUAUAACUCUCUGGUGUCUAAUAAUUUUGGGACUGGGGCGUUUACCGCUGAGAUCGUUGAUGAGUCUUCCAUCACUGAUGCCCAGGGUAAGCGUAUUCGCUCUGUGGUUGUGAAGGUUGGAGGACAGGCAUUCUACACUGGAGCGAUGACGUUCGCUGUGGAAGACGGAGAUGCGGUAUCAAGUAGUGGGUUUACGAUGUCUAGUGUAGUCUCAUGAUUUGACUCAGUGUACUCAUAUCAGUCACCUUGGCUUCGGACGUUAAGAUCGAGUCCCUGUGUAUCUGUGCAUCUGAG